AUGGACCGGCAGCGACACUCCGCCUGGGCCCCGCCCCCACAGCGGCCCACCGGCACUCCUGGAUGGAAGACUUUUGACUCGUAUGAAAAGCCUCACACCGCGAGGACGGCCAGCUGGCUGGCCAGUCUCACUCCCGGUUCAGCAAGGGUUUCCUUCGCUUCUGGCAAGCACCCUUGGGAGAGCUUGGACUCGCUGCAUGGCAACACCUCAAUCCGUCUCCGCAACUUCAAGCGCACCGUCCUCCGCCGCUUCUCGUCCUGGACUCAGAAUGGCCUCUCAAGACCAGGUUCCCUGCGCUCGAACUCGUCGUCCAUCGCGCCCGCCGUAUCCCCGACCCUCAUCCCCUCCGUCUCCACCGUGCAGUUCGUCCUCCUCUGCGCGCUCUGGUAUGCCACCUCCGCCCUCUCGUCCAACACGGGCAAGGUCAUCAUGACCGAGUUCCGCUACCCGAUCACCCUCACCUUCGUGCAGUUUGGUUUCGUCGCCGGGUACUGCCUCCUCUUCAUGAGUCCCGCUGUUCGCUUCUCGAAUUUCCGGAGUCCGACAAGGGCCAUAUUCGACAGCACGGUGCCCAUGGGUCUCUUCCAGGUCGGGGGGCACAUAUUCUCUAGCAUGGCAAUAUCUAGGAUACCUGUCAGCACGGUGCACACAAUCAAGGCCCUAUCUCCUCUCUUCACCGUGGCAGCUUACGCUCUGCUGUUCGGUGUGCGAUACUCGGCGAAGACCUACGUCUCUCUUCUGCCGCUGACAAUCGGCGUCAUCUUGGCCUGCAGCUCUGACAUGUCACUCUCGAACGCUAUGGGCCUCCUCUGCUCGUUCGGGUCCGCACUAAUCUUCGUCAGCUCCAACAUCUUCUUUAAGAAGGUCAUGCCCUCCAACAGCACCGUCUCCUCGCACAAGCUCGACAAGCUCAACCUCCUGUUCUACUCGUCUGGCAUGGCCUUCGUGCUGAUGAUCCCCAUCUGGAUGUACUAUGACCUCCCCGCGCUGCUCACGCUGUUCAACGACCCUUCGCACGUCGCGCACCCCUCGCACGGGCACGGGCACCACUCCGUCGCCUUCGCCUUCUUCGCGAACGGCACCGUGCACUUCGCGCAGAACAUCAUCGCCUUCGUCCUCCUCGCGCAGACGUCGCCAGUCACGUACAGCAUCGCCUCGCUCAUCAAGCGCGUCGCCGUCAUCUGCAUCGCGAUCGUCUGGUUCGCCCAGCCCGUGCACGCCCUCCAGGCCGGCGGCAUCGCGCUCACCUUCGCCGGCCUCUACAUGUACAACCAGGCCAAGGCGACGUCGAACAGGGCGAGCGUUCCAUGCGCCGCGUCGCCGCCGCGCGCAAUCUCGAGCUCCCCAGCACCCGCUCGGAGCUCCUCUCCCCCGCGCCCACGCCGCCCCCGGCGCCGCGGUCAACACCCCGUCGGGAUCACCUCUGGGUUCGGCCGGCCCCGCGUCGCGCCCACCGCCUCGGCCCGCCGUUCGCGCCCCACCACGCGCCCCCGCACAUCCGCAUCCGCAUCCGCAGACGUACGCCAGCCCGCGCCGGCACUGGCGCCCCACCAGCCCGUCCCGUCGUACUCGCAGACGCACCAGACGCCGAACCUGCGCAUCAAGGUCACGCCCGCGCCCACGGACGAGAAGCCCGGUGUGCAGGGCUCGCCGUACGAGCUAUACCCCUCGCCGCCGCCCUCGCUCGACUCGCCGCCGCGGGCACGGACAACGCCGCGCCGUGGCCGCAGCCCCAGACGCAACCGCACCGCACCCGCACCCGCAGAUGCAGCGCAGAGGCUCGAUGGCGACAGGCCACGGCCCCCCGCGGCACCACGAGCCCGCGCCCGCGCGGAGGGCGACCGUCGUCGCAUGACCGACCAGCACGAUCUCGGACCCCGCGAACGGGCAAGCCUCCGAGGCUCGUUCAGACAGUCGCAUACUUAUCUCUACGUCGAUCCAUGGACCGCCCAUAUAGACUUUACGUAG